AUGGCCAAGCGGCGGCCGGAAACCCGACCCGCCGUGACCGGAAACGGUAGGGUUGAUGAGAACCGGAAGGAUGUCACAUUACUUCCGGGGUUGCCGAACCACUUGGCACAGCUUUGUCUUUCGAAGCUGCAUCCCUCCGUUCUCCAUCCCGUCUGUGUUUCGUGGCGCCGGUUCAUAUAUUCGCGGGACUUCCCUCCGUUCUUCUCUCUCUAUGCUCUACUCUUCAAGUAUGAAUCGAAUGAAACGUGUGCUGGAGACCAAUGCCGGCCAUGCUCGAUCGCUUUCUCCUGUUUUGACCCGGUGUCGGGCAAGUGGAGGCCCCUCCCGAGCCCCCCGUCCGAUCCGCCCAUCUGCCUCAUCCGGAGACAUCCGUCGUUUAUCUCGAGGGUCUACUCAAUCCAGUCGGUAGGAGCAUCCGGGCGCUUAGUUUUAAUAGCUGGCAAUACUCACGAGUUUCUCCCGGCGCUCGCCCGUCCUUUGGUGUUCGACCCUUUAUCCGGAAAGUGGUGCUUCGGACCGCCGUUUUCUUCGCCUAGGAGAUGGUGUGUCGCCGGGUCCAUGCGCAGCGAGGUUUACGUAGCGAGCGGGACAUCGUCGCAGUAUAAUAUCGACGUGGCGCGGUCCGUCGAGAGAUGGGACAUGUCGAGGCCGGAAGGAGAGUGGAGAUGGGAACGCCGCGCGCCCUUCAGAGACGGUAGAUUUAGCCGAGAAGCUGCAGAAGCGAUCGGAUACAGAGGUAAACUUUUCAUGGUAAAUGUAAGAGGCGAAUCGGUAAAAGAAGGAGCUGCUUACGACGUUGUUAACAACCGAUGGGAAGAAAUGCCGCCAGGAAUGCUCAAGGGGUGGAACGGACCAGCAGCCGUCGAUAAAAAUGCUAUGUAUGUCGUAGAUCGGGAGUCGGGUUCGCUACAGAAGUACGACGACGAGAAAGACUGCUGGGAACGGCUGACUGAACCUUCGGAUGAACUAAAAGGCGCCGAGCAUGUUUCCGCAGGUUGCGGGAAAGUCUGCGUCGCCUCGGGUGGCGGCAGAUUCAUAGCCAUCGUGGAUGUUUUAGCGAGACCAGCUAACGUUCGGGUGGUCAAUCCUCCCGAAGGAAUGGAAGUUGUCGCUGUUCAUGUGUUGCCGAGGAUGAUAGAUCCACCUUCGGACUUCCUUCAAUGAAAAAAAUAGUGUUCAUAAGUUUACGACGUAUGCUUCUCAGAUCGCUAUAAGACUGCGAUCCUUUGCUAGAUAUUGAAUUUUCGAAGAAUUCGUAUAGGAGAAACGACGAAAAGUUUGUACCUCAAU